UACUAACGUAUCGUGUCUUAUUUUACCUGAAUGUAGUAUUGCUAUACUAAAUUAUAUUUGAAGGAUUGAUGUCGUUCAGAGGGAAUUCAAAUACGAAGGAUACUGUUGGCGAUUGCGUUCCGGAAGGUUGCCCACUUUUAAAAGCAGCAGGUCGUAUUGCAGCGGGACGCAAGCAGAAAAAUGAACGCGAAAGAUACUGUCUCUGACAUAAGCGCCACAGUAAGACUCGAAGCCAUCAAGCACAUUCUUAAACAACAGUUCAAGGACCAAAGGACUAGAAUCGGUGACGAUACAGUGAGGUUGGUGGGGGAAGUUGUGCAACUACUAAUUGUGGAGGCUGCAGCUAGGUCAUGCAACCAAGCUCUGCUCGCAGGUCUGUCAGUUGUCGAAAUGGAACAUGUUGAACGAGUUCUGCCCAAAUUGCUCCUGGACUUUUGAAUGUAAGAUUUGCUCUGGAAAAAUUGAGGUGUUCAUGUGUCACUUGUGUAUCAUGCUGCAAUAGCAUUUUGACCUCAUGGAAAGAAAGUGUUAGAGGUUUAAGGUGAUAGGUAAAUAAAAAAAUUGGAACUAAAAAAAAA